AUGGGUAUUAAUGGUUUACUUCCAUUCCUAAAGAAAAUACAUUCUCCAGUGAAUAUUUCUCAGUUUGCAGGUUGUACAGUAGCCAUUGAUGCUUACUGUUGGCUUCACAAGGGAGCCUUCUCUUGUGCGGAAAAAUUAGCCCUUGGAGAACCUACAGAUCAGUACAUAUACUAUUGUCUAAAAUAUGUUAAUUAUCUACUUGAGAAGGGGUUAAAACCCAUUCUAGUGUUUGAUGGUUGUCAUCUUCCCUCGAAGAAAGAUGUUGAAACAUCCAGAAGAGAACGAAGAGAGGUUUAUCGUAAGAAAGCAGCGCAGUUUCUUCGUGAAGGUCAGCGAGCUGAAGCUAGGGAAUGUCUUCAGAGAUGCAUAGAUGUCACUUCAGAAAUGGCGAGGAAACUCAUAGAGGCCUGCAGAAAGAAAGGUGUUGACUGCAUUGUUGCCCCUUAUGAAGCUGAUGCACAACUUGCUUACUUAAGUAAAUCUGGAAUUGCACAGUUGAUUGUGACUGAGGACUCUGAUUUAUUACUCUUUGGCUGUGAUAAGAUUAUCUUCAAGAUGGACUUUUUUGGUAAUGGUGUUUUGAUAGAGUCAGAUCGAUUGAAUGAAGUCCUAGCAUUCCAAGAUGGCCGUUAUACAUUUGAUAAAUUUCGACAAAUGUGUAUCCUGUCCGGUUGUGAUUAUCUUCCUUCUUUGCCGGGUAUUGGACUGGCAACUGCUUGUAAAGCUUUUAAGAUAGCACGCCAAGCUGAUCUCAGGCAGUUUCUCCGGAAACUUCCAAUUUACCUUAAAAAAAGUUUUGCUGUGCCAGAUGACUACAUUGAUGCAUUUAUAUGUGCUGAAAAUACAUUCCUUUAUCAAUUGGUCUUUGAUCCUUUGAAUAGAAGACUUGCUCCAUUGAAUCCUUAUCCUGAGAAUGUUUCAGCUGCGGACUUUGAAUAUGCUGGGCCCUACUUACCAAAUUCCAAAGCAUUAAACAUUGCUUUAGGAAAUAUUGAUCUCUACACAAAAGAGAAAGUGGCCAAUUUUAAUCCAGAUACUGACAUGUUUGCAGGAAAAAAAAAAAAAAGCCUGUCAUUUUUCGCAGAAAUUAACCAAUCUCAAAAAUUCUGUGGUUUGUCUGUAUAA